GAGUAGGAGCUUAACUGGCUCUAGAUGUCCACUGAAUACAAUGAAAGCACGUACAAUCAAGUCCGCGAGUUGAUUGCGAGACUACAGUCUCCAGUCCAAGACCUUCCAACUCUGUUGGGCUUCCUCGCCGCACCGCUAUCAGAUCUCGCAAUAUUACCACCACGUUAUUCGAAGUACAAUGUCACUCCACUCCCUGCACGCGCUUUGAGCGUUCCAAGGCACAUCCCGCUACUGCAAAGAGCAUUGCUCGAACAUGUCCUGCCCGCCUGGGGACCCGUCCUCGACGAAGAAGAAUAUUAUGACCUCGUGCAGCAGUACUUUGCUCCUGGUGUAUUUCUAGUGUCGGUUUCCGCUGCAAAGCACGUCGCGCUCCACGCCUACGCAAGCAUACUAUCGUUGCCUUUCACCGAGCAUUCCAUACGGCUUCUGACCGCUUUGGUCAAAACGUAUCCAAUAGACAUGCUAUGGUCGUUAACUGUUAUUAGACAGCAUACUGGUGGCACUUUCAACAAGGGCACUGUCUCAUGGGAGGACUGCGUCCGGAAUGUUUGUGCCGUUCCGGCCAAGGUCGCCAACUUUCUCGCCGCCGAAGGUGUGACGACGGACCUGGAACCUGGACCAUAUUGUACUAACUUAAGCACGAGAACCGAGAUUCUCAUUUCUUCUCUCGCAAAACCAACACAAGUCGAGCUGGCCGCCGUCACGUACUUGCUUACGAAGCUUGUUAAUGUCGGUAUCUUCCCUGGCGCCAUUCCGUCCUGGCACACUCAACCCUCGUUCUUUGGAACGACGUUGCCGACGAUACGAUCCAGAAUGCAGUCAACUCCCGCGUACGCAGCGAUAUGGCGCCAAGUGUUCGGCGCAUUUCCUUCCAUCCAAACACUUCAGUCGGUCUUGACUUCGCUGUAUGCGCAUCUUUCCGCCGUGGAUGACCUGGACGACUCGCUGCGAACAAGAGCGCUCGUCAAGCGGGAGGCAAAGCUUCUCAGGGAGCUGCUCGGUCGAUUUGCUAAAGAUAGCGACAUAGUGGACGGCUUCUCUGUGACUGCUUUAGGGAGAAGUUGGUCUGUUGGUUUUGCCCGCGUGUUCGUGUGCUGGAUUGCUGGAGCAGAGAAAGGCAGAGUAGACACAGAAGCACUCGAGCUUUUGCUCAACAAAGCCAUGGACGUUUGGGCGAACCCUGAUCAUAUUCGACACUCGUUGCUGAGUGGGCAUCAAUACUUCACAGCCAUUAUCCUGCUGGCAGUAUCAUAUUUCCCUGUGAACUCUACGCCCGCCCCGAUCAACAGCCUCGCCCUAUCGUCACCAUUUGCCAAAUCCGUAGGAGUUUACAUUGGUCACCUAGAUCAUUCUGUGCGGCGCUGUGGCAUGCUUGUCGCAGAGGAGGUCGCCCGCUCGGCUGGCAAGGGAUUAGACUUCGGUGAUUGGGAUGGGGACAGUAAUGGGAAAGCAUGGUGUCGUAGGGUACGAGAGCUCAUGAGGGUGCGGGACGCAGACACUAGCGAAGACGACUUUGCUCAACUGGACACUGCUGAGCUGGCUCAAAAUCCAGAACCUACGGUUACUCGAGAGCCAGUCAUAGAGCUCGUUUCUCCUGCCACAACAAAGCCUACUCACACUCGAAAGCCUAUCAUUCAAACUGCUUCAGACGACUAUGAUUCAGAUGAUUCGCUUACAGGCUAUGCCUCAGAGCCGUCAUCUUCCCGAUCACCGUCUCCUACGCCAUCCGAGCUUGCCGAAAUCGAGAAGGAUCCAACACUACGCGUUACCCAGAGUAAGGUGCCGAGGCCUGUGUACCUCGCAACGCUUGCAGAGUUGGUGCGGCCGACAACGAAGAUUGAGAACGACGAGGACGAGCCAAAACGUAUCGAGACAGCGCUUGAUGCUGCAGAGGAACUUAUCAGGAGAAAGCGGGCGUACGGGACGGAGCUUGAGGAAAAUGCUGAAAAUCUCGUCUUCGGAUUCAUUGCUUUGAACAAUAACUUUGAUCUCAAUGGCUUUGAAGAGAAGCGACAGGCUACCGUCAACGCCCUUGUCGCCUCCUGCCCUCGCAAGGCGGCACCUACAAUCAUCCAAGAAUACUUCCGGAACCAAUAUUCAAUCGAGCAACGCUUUGUUAUGCUGAAUGCACUCGCAAUGGGUGCACGCGAACUCGCUUCCUUGUCGCUCCCUCCAAGCCACUCCAGAGCCGAGCCAAAGCGAAUCGCCUUUCCCAGCAAACAACUACCUGCCGCACUGCACCACAAGUACUUCACCUUAGGAGACGAGCUCAGUUCCGGGAACCCUGUUCGAUACCUUCUCGACGGCAUUAGCCAGAAAGCGAUCGAAAGUGGAAAAGUCUCAGCAGAGAGUAAAGUUCCGGAAUACGCUCGUGAGCGGCAGCUGCGUCUGAAGCGUCCCGUGACGGUCUCUGAGGUCACACCGGUCGCCCUUUCGCGAGACCUCCAGUCGCUGCAGUUACAGCCCCGCCCUCUGGUAGCAUUCACCGAGGUCGCAGCCGAAUACUUCAUCUGCCCUAUGAUCAAUCGCUUUUGGAUGUUCCUCCGCGACGAGCAGGCACGCGAGGCGCGUACGGCGCACCAGGAGGUGCUGCAUCGGUACCGUGGCGCGGGCACAGGCAUGAUCCUCAACGCGCUCGUGCUCUCGCAAUUCGUUGCGGCGCUCGCAGUGCUCGUGCACGCCGCACAGAAUGCGAAAGAGUGGCCCGCGGUGAUUGCGCCAGAUGCGCUUGAAUUGGCGGUAACGAUCGGGACGCGGCCAACGUCGAAGGGCGAAGGCUUGGAAGACGACGACGACAACGAGGAGGACAGCCCUGCGGAACGCCAAGCGAGGAAAGAGGCUGCGCUACUGACGACGUCACUAGAGCUUGCGAUCGUCGUUAUAGACGGAGCUCUGGAGCGAGAUGGCGGGAAGUCUCUUGGGCUUGAGCAUACUGCUCUGCUUCUCGCUGCAGGAGAAUGGGGUUCUGGAAUACUUUCGCGAUUGGAAAAGGGCGUGAAGAUACUGGGAGGAGGCGGGACGCACGAGAUGAAGCUGAAGAGGGCGGCGGCAGGUCUUGUGCUCAAAGUGGAUGAGCUCACGUCGAGAUGGAAGCCGUCCAUGGUCGACAUGGGCUUUUGAAAUCUCAUGAGAAAUUUCUCCAGAAAUCCGUGAAUGGUUUGCGUAAACAGGAUGACGCAACAUGUACGGUCAUGUGGCUGACGCGACCAUGUUCAACUGGAUAGGCGCCUCUCGCGGUAGGGCUUGCACCGUCUCGUUGUCGAGAGCGGCGAACACUCAGGGUCUUUAUCUCUUGCACAUCUCCUUUCCUUUAGCUCGCCACAUUACACGAUGUCAAGCCUAGGCACGACGUUCACGCUCUCUUCAAUAAGUUCAUUCUCUUCGCCAAACCCCGAACUCUCCACACCGCCGCCCUCGCACACCUCGCUGCAGCAAGUUCCAGAUGUCUUCGUUAUUCCGCCGGAGGAGGAGCACCAUGCUAAUCCUCCAUUCUGCUACUUUGAUGCUGCCAUGGAGAGUAAGAAGAAUCUGUCGAUUACGCCGGACAUAGAUGCUGUCGACGUCGCUUUGGGCAUUUACCAGCAGACCGCGGGCAACCCUGCACCAGUCUUUCACCGCUCGCUUGGCAACGAGUCGCAGGAGACCGUGAUUAUGCCACGACGGAGCGAAUCCGCGUCCGUAGCGCGGGAUGGCAGCCGGAGAGACUCGGAUGUAAUUGAGGUGAUGAAGGUGCGCAAGAGUGAGGGGGUAUCCAACUCACCAGACGGUCGCGGCGCAUACACGCUGAAAAAGUCCAAAACCUUCCGCGCCCGCGCAACUCAGGCUUUACGUUCGAUUAAGAGCGUCGGCAGGUCGAAUCGCAGGACGGGCAUUCCCGAGACGUGGUCCGCAACGGGCGGAUACGAGAAUGCCUCUGACGGUCCUACGGAAGAUGGUGUCCUAUCAUCAAGACCUGCUACUCCCAGUCUCGUCAGACGAAAAUCCAUUCAGCUGUCACAAUUAUUUACUAGCUCGCGCAAUCGCUCGCCCACUCCAGAUGUCCCUCUCUCGCCUACCUCGACCAACUCUUCGGAAUGGGACGCCCUGAGUCGGCCAUCUGUAUCCGUAGAGGACUGCAUGAACUCCCCAUACCAGACGAUGAGUAAAAGCCGCUCCUUCAUUCGCCGAAUGUCUGUUCUCGACCUCCAUAAGCUGUUCAGCCCCUCGACACCCACGGAAACCAAGUCGUCACCUGUGCUUGCGCAUGCAAAGGAAAACAUCCCACCUUCUGUUUCUCGCACGUCUUCAUCGAAACGCGACAGCAUACCGCGGUCGAGCACAACCUCGAGUAGCCUCUCAGGUGUCGGUGAUGUUCUCAGCGGCAUGGAACCGGAUUGUCCCCCACACUCUUUCCACGCAGACGCAGCAUCAUACUCGCUCACAGCGUCCUCGAGCACACUACAACUGGAUGAGGUCGCGGAGGCAGCAGACACGAGUCUCGAGAUGCGGCUUGAUUCGCUUCAUUUCGACUCUUUCCAUCUCGAUCCUGACGAGUUUUGAUGACCGUAGCUGCUGUCGUGAAAGUACUGUUCGCAAUUCGCUUGUAACAUAAUCCAUUCCUCGUCGUGUUACCCCUUAGGUUCUGGAUCGUUCCAUGUACAGCCAAGUUAUCCCUUCCUUUCUCGUUCCGUCUCGCAAACUGCAUUGCUCAUACGCACGGACUCAUCUCUCCCAUCAUCCUGCUUUAUACCUAUUUACCACCUAUAUGUCAUGUCUCCCCCAUGUUACUUUUCAUACUUACGGCUGGCGGUGCCAAAAUCCUGCUUUAGUGGACACUUUCCUUAUGAGCAACUCGGUACUCCUGUGCCUAGCAAUUGAGCUUCGUUCGUGUUUGGUGCAGAUGACAAUUCUCCC